GUCCCUAAUUCAUAAUUCCAAUCUAAUUAAAGUUUAUACCAAAGGUUCCUACAAAACUGAACAACCCACUGCCUUGACGUCACCAUUAUCAACGAUGAGGAUGGCAAAGAGGAUGACGAGGGCUUGAGGAUGUUUUUUGACCUGUGCAAUGAAUUUGAAUUCUCAUACCCAACCCACUGCUCACAUGGAUAUCGAGGGCUAUAUUUGGAGAAAUGUGAUGUCAUAAGUGGCUGGGGGAGAAACCUAUAACAGGCUUAGAGAAAACCAGUGACAGCACCAGUAACUCCUGCUGCAGCUCUCACCUGCACCUAAACUAGGGAAGAAUCUUGCCAUGAAUCAUCUAAAACUGCCUGCCAUGCUUCUUCUGCUGCUUAUGCUGCUGCAGUGUGUGACUACGGCACCAAACAACAGGUUUUCCAUCUCCUCCACUGAGCAGGUGGAUGACUCACUGGAUGGGAAAAGAUGGACGGACUCAGGCUUGCUGAAGAACCCUUUCCUCCAACUGGCCGGAUUGCGACCUGAGAGGGGACUCAACACAGACAGCAGCCUGCAGCACCACAUAGAGAAGAGAAGAUGCAACACGGCCACAUGUAUGACCCAGAGGCUGGCUGACUUUCUCAUUCGCUCCAGUAACACCAUUGGCACUGUUUACAUCCCCACUAACAUAGGUGCAAACACCUAUGGCAAGAGGGACGUGUUCCAAUCACCCUACUUACUGCCUCUUUAGUCUUCUCUUGUGUGUUUGUACAUAUAAAAAGCCACUGUAACAAAACUGUCCAUGAUGAUUAUGAUGAUGAUAAUGAUGCUGCUGCUGCUGCUGAUGAUGACAGUGACUCAUCUGAC